AUGGGCCGGGGGGCGGUGGGGGGGGACGGGGGGGCGGCUGAUGCGGGCUUUGCAGCGGGGGCUGCGGGCGGUGCGGUGCGGGCAAAGGGCGCGGGCGGUGCAAUGCAUGCAAACGGUGCGGCUGCUGCUAUUGGGCGGUGCAGUGCAUGCAAAGGAUGCACGGCGUGCAAGCGUUGCAAUGCAUGCAAAGGACACAGGCGGUGCAGGCAUUGCAAUGGAUGCAAAGGAUGCAAAGGAUGCGGGCGGUGCAAUGCCUGCAGGGGGUGCAGGUGGUGCAGUGCAUGCAAAGGAUGCAAAGGAUGCGGGCGGUGCAAAGGAUGCAAAGGAUGCAAAGGGCGCAGGCGGUGCAAUGCCUGCAAAGGACGCGGGCGGUGCAAUGCCUGCAAAAGAUGCAAUGCAUGCAAGGGAUGCAAAGGACGGGGGUGGUGCAAAGCAUGCAAAGGAUGCAAUGCAUGCAAGGGAUGCAAAGGCCGCGGGCGGUUUUGCAGGCGAAGGUUUAGGGGAGGUUUCGGGGGUGCGUUUGCUGCUGUCCCCCCCCCCCUGCUCGUCGCCCCCCCCCCCCUGGUGCUGCUCCUCGUGCCCAGCAGCCCCCACCACGCGGAGCGCCGCAGCGCCAUCCGCAGCACAUGGGGGGCGCCGCGACCCCCACACAGCCGCACCGUCUUCGGCUUCGGGGUCCCCGAUGGGGACCCCAUAGAGCAGGAGCAGACCCAGAGCUAUGGGGCAGAGCCACAGGACCCCAUACGGGACAAAGCCCACCCCUAUGGGGCAGAGCCACAGGACCCCAUACAGGACAAAGCCCACCCCUAUGGGGCAGCACCGCAGGACCGGACCCAGCCCUAUAGGGCCAUGCAGGACCCCAUACAGGACCCCAUGAAGAACCGGACCCAGCACUAUAGGACCAUACAGGACCCCAUACAGGACCCCAUAGAGGACCGGACCCAGCGCUAUGACCCCAUACAGGGCCGGACACAGCGCUAUAGGGCCAUGCAGGACCCCAUACAGGACCGGACGCAGCACUAUGGGGCCAUACAGGACCGGCCCCAGCGCUAUGACCCCAUAGAGGACCCCAUACAGCACUCCAUACGGGACCAUCCCCCUCCCUAUGACCCCAUACAGGAGCGGACCCAGCGCUAUGGGGCCAUACAGCACUCCAUGUACCACCCCAUACACCACCCCACACAGGACCAUCCCCCUCCCUAUGACCCCAUACACCACCCCACACAGUACCGGCCCCAGCGCUAUGACCCCCCAGCCGACCCCAUAGAUGCCGACCCCAAAGCCAACCCCAAAGAGGACCCCAUAGACGCCGACCCCCCACCCAACCCCAUAGACUCCGACCUCCCAGCCGACCCCAUAGACUCCGACCCCCCACCCGACCCCAUAGCCGAUCUCCCAGCCGACCCCAUAGAGGCCGACCCCAAAGCCAACCCCAUAGACCCCGACCCCCGAGCCGACCCCCCCACCCGACCCCAAAGCCAACCCCAUAUCCGACCCCCCACCCGACCCCAUAGACGCCGAGCCCAUAUCCGACCCCAUAUCCGACCCCCCACCCGACCCCAUAGACCCGCACCCCCACCCGACCCCAAAGCCAACCCCAUAUCCGACCCCCCACCCGACCCCAUAGACGCCGCCCCCAUAUCCGACCCCCCACCCGACCCCAUAGACGCCCCAACCCCAUUUCCGACCCCACAUCCGACCCCCCCCCCCGACCCCAUAGACGCCGCCCCCAUAUCCGACCCCAUAGACGCCGACCCCCCCCCGGACCCCACAACCGCCGCCCCCCCGGCGGAGGACGACGACGACGGCGGCGGCGGCGGCGGCGUUUGGUCGCGGUCGCUGCGUGCGGAGUGGCGGCGCUACGGAGACGUCGUGCAGGGCUCGUUCCGCGACUCGUACUCCACGCUGAGCCAGAAGACGCUGCUCCUCCUCGGCUGGGCGCUGCGCUUCUGCUCGGCCGCCUCCUUCGUCCUCAAAGCGGACGACGAUACGUUCGUGCACACGCCGGCCCUCGUGGCCCACCUGCGGGGCCCCCCCGCUCCGCCCCCCAUCUAUUACAUGGGGAGGGUCCACGACGGGGUGAGACCCCGCAGGGACCCCCGCGGCCGCCACCACGUGCCGGAGGCGCUGUACCCCGAGCCGUCGUUCCCCCCCUAUUGCAGCGGCAGCGCUUACGCUCUGUCGAUGGGGGCGGUGCGGCUCGUGCUCGACGCCGCCCCCCGCACCCCGAAAGUGACCCCCGAGGACGUCUUCGUGGGGCUGUGCGCCCACCGGGCCGGGAUCGCCCCCCGGCACGUGGAAAGGAUGGGGGGGGGGGCGCGCUUCCCCGACGACCCGUGUUGUUACGGGGGGGUUUUGCUCAGCGCCCACCGCGUGGGGCCGGACGGGAUGAGGAGGGCGUGGGGUUACGUCGGGGGGUGGGGGGGGUGGGAGGGGGGGCGGGAGGGGAGGGGGCCGUGCGGGGUGAUGCAGUGGUUGGGGGGGGUGCUGAGGUGCAGGGCGCUGGCGCUGCUCUCCGGGGGGUGGGGCUGA